ACAGACGGGAGGGAUGUGUGUGCGGUGAACGGUGCUGCAGGUACACUCAGAGCCGGAUUCAGGUUUUACAGCAGCACCUGACCGCGGCAAAACCGUCUCAGAGCCUGCCUCUCCCUCUUCAUCCCCUCCCAGCAACCCUCCGCGAUGUCGGGCGGAGGAGAGGUUCGAGUGCUCCGCCAAGAGCCCGGGCAAGAGAGCCCGAGGAUGCCGGCCUGGAAGCGCGAGAUCUUGGAGAGGAGGAAGGCGAAGGGCGGCGGGUCCGGAGGAGCCGCGGAGACGAGCCCCGGCGGCUCGCAGCGGGUUAACGGGGAGCUGACGGGGAAUGUGAACGGCAGCGGGGGACCCAAGAGGGACAGCGGACCGAGCGGCGGGUCCGGGCGGAGCUACACCAUCACCACCGCCAGUCAACACUUCGCGAACAACAAAGAGCCGACGGACGCGGAGAGGACGACACCGAGGGAGGGCGACGGACAGGAGAGCCUGGUGCUACAAGAAAGCCUGGGCCCCUUGGAGGAGAACCCUUUUAUUAAACUGGAGAAGGAGCGGAGGAGGCGACAGGACCGAGAAAACGCCGCUCGGCCGGUGCAGCACAUCCUGGAGCUGUAUGGCAGUGUACCCGGCAUACGGACUAUCCGCGCUGAGAAUAUCAUCAUAAUUGAGUCGGAUCCGGAUUAUUUCCCGGAAGCUGGAGGGGUUAAAACCGGGUCCAAAUGGCAGCAAAACGGUGUGAGUAGUUACAGCUCUCUGAACGACCUCCUGGACCGGAGAGGGAGUGCUGUGACUGAGAUAAGAGCCAAGGAGGUGGUAAUUUAUGACACCACGUUAAGCAAGAGUGAGGAGAACUUGAGCACCCUGGGCCGCCCUGACCAUGAGGCCCCAUCCUAUGAGACAGGUGAGGGGCAAGGCAGGGUUAGCCGGAUGCUGCAGAAGUUUGACAGCAACUAUGGGAAGCUGCAGAAGAAGUCCCACAGUACUGAGAACCUGCUGGAUCUGGAUUGUAGUGCCAGCAGCAGGCCGCGACUCUGGUCCAAGCCACAGCCAGAUCUGGUGCCAAAGGCCAAGCCGGGCCCGUCGAUCAGCAGCCAGCCAUCAUCGCCUGUCUUCCAGGGUUCCUUGUCUUCCAAACCAAAGCCACAGCCUGCUGUCUCUGAGCUGGGGAGCCCUCAGCAUUCUGCCGGGACCCCUCCGCCUGCCUUACGUCAGCGGUUUGAGGAGAGUGGAGGCCGUGGUGCUGCUGGAGGAGACGAGCCAGACAGGGGUCAAACCAAGCCUGUCCGAGAGAGAGACUGGGAGCUCUCAGAGGUUCCACCCAAACCUAAGGUGCCAUGCUCUCCAGAGACCCGUCGUGUCCGUGCCGAGUCCCCCUCAAGCCCCAUUUCAUUCAAAGUGUCUCGCUCCUCAUCGGACUUUGAGAUCCGCCCCUCCCCAAAGCCUGACCUCACCCGAAUUCCUGAUGGGGACACCCAAGCUCGAGCCCUGGCAAACUUGCGCCUGCAGUCCCGCAACUCCUUCACAGUGAUCCCCAAGCGACAUGGUGCUGCCUCACCUGCAACAGGCAGUCCAGCUGCCCCGUCCAGUCCUGUCAAGUCUUCCCCAUCCCACAGAGUGGCAGAGGUGUCCACGCCAGGAGUGCCAACCUCCCACACCCCUACGCCCACCUUAACAAAGAGGAAUGAGGAGAAACUAAAUAAGGAGAAGGAGGUGGUGAGGCUAUCCAAGCCUGAACCAUCCCCUGUUGCCCUAAGUCCUGCACCUCCGAUCUCAGAACCCUUGUCUCCAUCUCCUGCUCCCUCCUCUCCGCCUGCUCUGUCCUCACCCCCUUCAUCCCCCUCAUUCUCUCCAGCUCCCUCAGACUCUCCUGCUCCUUCUUCCCCCUCCCCAGCUCCAGAGCAACCUCCCACAGAUCAGCUGCCAGUCACAAACAUAGAUGACAUCGAGGUUGAGCCUCAGCAGCGUGUCCCCGUUCCCAGCCCCAUGGUGCAGAGGCGAAAGGGGAACACCUUCACUGUGGUCCCUAAACGUAGGGCGGAGCCUGAGGGCCAGCCGGGCUCUCCUGAGCCGCAGCAGGAAACCUCAAGUGAGGCUCCACCGGGGUCAACGCCCCCGCAGGCCCCAUAUGCUCAGCUGGGUACCCUGCUGAAGAAACGCUACCCAGCUGUGGAGGAAAUCGAGGUCAUCGGUGGGUACCUGUCCCUCGCAAAGUCCUGCCUCUCCAAGACGGGAUCCACGGGCAAAAAG